AUGGCGUCUCUACAACACACCACCGCUUCACUCCACUCCAAGCACAUCCCCAAAACCACAAACAUCCUCACUCGAAAACCCAUCCGCAACUUCUCCUUUUCCACCUUCACCUCCCCAAAACUCAAACUCUCCCUCACCAAAACCCGCCGCUCCACCGGCGGAGGAGCCCUCGGAGCCAAAAUGGUAUCCCAAGCCGCCGCCAGCUACGCAGCCGCUUUUGCCGACGUAGCAAAAUCAAACAACACCCUGGACGCAACAAUCGCCGACGUCGAGAAAAUCGAACAGCUUUUUUCUGACCCCAAGGUGUUCGACUAUUUCUGCAGCCCAAUAGUCGAAGAUUCCGCCAAACGCCAACUUAUAAUAGAGUUCGCCACUGCCUCAGGCUUCCAACCACACACACUCAACUUCCUUAACAUCUUGAUCGACUCACAGAGGAUCGACGAAGUCCUCGACAUUUUCAAGGAGUUUGAACUUGUUUACAAUACUAUAACUGAUACCGAGCUUGUGGUUGUGACUUCAGUUGUGAAGUUGGAGUCGCAGCAUUUGGCUCAGAUUGCAAAACAGGUUCAGAAGCUUACUGGGGCUAAGAGAGUGAGGACUAAAACCCUUCUUGAUCCAAGUUUGGUGGCUGGAUUUACUAUCAGGUAUGGGAAUACUGGCUCUAAGCUUAUUGAUAUGAGUGUUAAGAAGAAACUUGAGGAAAUUGCUGCUCAACUUGAUGUGGGUGAUCUCAAACUCGCUGUAUGA